AUGGACAUUGACAAGAUAUUUAAACUCCCUUCAAUACCAAGCGGAAAGAACAAACGCAAAUUAACUGCUACUCCCAGUACCGAGGUACUAAUAAACGUUCGUGCACGACUUGAAGAUUCCGACGAAGAUCUCGACGUUAGUAGCAGCCCGACAACUAGCAAAAACAAAGGAAAGGGUAAAUCAGUACAGAUCUCCGACGAGGUCGAAGAAAGAGAAUACUAUGUUGACGAUUACGGGGACGAAGAUGAGGAGGGAAGAUUUUACGGAGGUGGGCUUACAGAAGAGCAGAAGAGGAUACUGGAAUUAGUUGACGAAGUCGAGACGGAAGAGGCAGACGUAUUAGAUCCUGCCGGUGUGCGAAAAUUGAUUCUUAAAUUCGAGAAAGCUAUUACCAAAAACAACGAGUUUCGAGUGAAAUAUGCUGACGAUCCAUCAAAAUUCAUGGAAUCUGAAGCUGAUCUCGACGAAGAAAUAAAACGUCUCAAAACGCUAUCCGAAGUUCCAGAUCUUUACCCUUACGUGGUCCAACUUGGCGCCGUUCCUCAGAUCGUCUCUCUUCUUGCUCACGAAAACACAGAUAUCGCUAUCGAUGUAGUUGAAUUACUCAAUGAACUUACAGACGAAGACGUUGUGGCAGAACACGAAGAAAAUGCUAUGAAAGAAUUCGUAAAUGCUCUGUUGGAGAAUCAGAUGCUAGAGCUGCUGGUUCAGAAUUUGCGACGGCUGGAUGAAAACGAGAGCGCAGAUAAUCAGGGGGUUUUUAAUACCCUUGGUGUUGUUGAGAAUUUGACAUCACUGGACCCAUCGAUAUCAGAGCGCGUUGUGAUGGAAACGGACUUGUUGCAAUGGAUAUUGACGAGGAUAAAAGUGAAAGUAUUCGAUUCAAAUAGGCAAUACGCUAGUGAAAUAUUGGCAAUUUUGCUGCAAGAUAGCCGCGGUAACUAUCAGGGUUUGAUUCGGUGUUUGGAGGAGUUUUUGCUUUUCACUGCUAAUAGAAUAAAAUUGGGUGAAUUGGGAGGAGUGGAUGUAUUGCUGCAAGUGCUAAAUUCAUAUAAACGUAAAGAUCCUAAAGAUGCAGAUGAGACAGAGAUGAUGGAAAACUUUUUCGACUGUCUGUGUUCGGCACUUGCAGAGUCGGAAAUAAAACAGAAAUUUCUAGAGGGCGAAGGAAUCGAAUUGAUGCUUAUUAUGGCAAAAGAAAAGAUGAUGGCUCGGAUGCGGGCGAUGAAAGUUCUUGAUUAUGCCAUGUCCACUCCAGAUGGCGCUGGCAACUGCGAGCGAUUUGUUGAAAUUUUUGGCUUGAAAACUUUAUUUGCUACUUUCAUGCGCAAGGGCAUUAAGAAAUUAAGGAAGUCAUACAAGAACUUUUCGGAAGCACAGGAAGAAGAACAUGUCAUAGGGAUUAUUGUAUCUCUCAUAAAGAACCUUCCUUUUAACGGUGAUUACCGAUUACGGUUGUUAAGUAAAUUUAUUGAAAAUGAUUAUGAAAAGGUCAACAGGUUACUGGAAUUGAGGGACAGCUAUGAGGCCAAGGUUGCCAUUGUUGACAGGGAGAUUACACGAGCUAAGCAGUUAGUCGAUCUUGCACUUGCAUGGAUAGCAUCCGAAGACGCCAAGAUUAAGGAACGUGCAACAACUCUUCUAGGUCAUGUAGGUCGAAGUUUUGAGGAUGUAAAAAGUGUGUUACAAGAAUAUUACGAGAACCUGGGGGGGGAUGAGUCGGUUGAGACUAUGCUUACAUCAUCAACACCAAUGGCCGAAGAGGAGGGUGGGAAAAAUGACAAUGACGGGAAUACGGAAACUAAGUUGAAUACAGAGUACAUGGAUGAAGAUGGUAAAGAGGAGGAUGAACAACAGGAAGGCUCAAGUGAGACAGGAAAGGGUAGUAGUAGCAGCGUAAGAGCAACAGAAAGAGUUGUUAGCAAGGAGUUUGUUUCUCAUCUGAUAAGUUCUUUAUAG